GAUAUGAUAUGUCUAUGCUUUCUUUUUAUGAAUAAAAUCAAUUGUGGAAUAAUUCUGCCUUAGUUGGUUUGCUUUUGCUCUUGCGUGAGUUUUAAGGAAUGGUUGGCUCAUCUCAGCCUACAGAUUCUAGUCCUGUCACAAAGUUAGAUUCCGGCAAUGCCCAAACUGGGAUUGCAGAUGAUGACCAGCGCUUUCUUUUGUACUUCAUUAUAGGUACCUACUUUGGGCCUGACCUGAAACAGGAGAAGCAGCAGAAGUCAGUUUUGCAGAGAAUAGCUGAGGGAAUUCCACCAUAUACUUCUGAUCAGCUAGCUGGAUCCCAUGUAAAAACAGUGGAGCUAGAACGGGUUUAUUAUUAUGUUCUUAGAAAAGCUGAUCAAUCUGCUGUUGUAAAAUUACCUUUGUUGCACCAGUUCUUCCAUGGCAAUCUCCCUAAAAAUGAACAAGACCCAAAUGCCAAUUAACCUCAGUUUCCUGAUCUCUUUCCUUCCUUACUUCAUACCCAUUCACGAUUCAAGAACCGAUACAAGAUCAUUGAAAGCAUUGUAUUUAUUAACAACCCAGAGAUAUCUUACAUUAAGCCGGAGGACAUUGAUAGGUUCAAGAGGCUAACUGGACUGGAGGAUUUUGUUCUGGAUCGAGAUGCUGCAAGAUUACACACAACUUCAGAUGGUAGUGUUUUAUACAAUGUGGCAGUGCAGGCGGCUGAGCCUGAUGCAGAGGUGGCUUCCUUUAAGUCAUCUCGUAAAUCGAAGAAAUCAAAACGUAUAGAAGAAGUCCUGGCAUUCAGUGAUCCUCUGCAACAUGUCCAUGUUGUGUCACCUGUCAGUAGUGUUCCAUAUAAUGGCACACCUAUGAAGUAUAGCAGUUAUGUGGCUCCUGUGCCAACUGAAUAUGGCUGUGAUCCUGUUGGGAAAGUUGGCCCGGCUAUGAUAUUUCUUCCUUCUCUUCCAGCUAAAACAGAGUGGUCCAAUAUUGUAGCUGCCACGAAAAGUGGAUUUGCAUUGACUGGGAGCGCAGCCAUGGGGAAGGUGGGGCCAGUAAUAGGACUAAUGGACAUAGGGGAAUGUGAGGACUCUUACCUUUUUCGUGUAUCUCUUCCAGGGGUCGAAAGAGAUGAAAGGGGAUUUAGCUGUGAAGUCGAAAAUGAUGGUAAAGUAUCUAUUAGAGGAGUGACUACAACAGGUGAGAAGACAGUUUGCAGGUACUCCCAAGUAUUUGAAAUGCAAACACAGAAUCUCUGCCCACCUGGCCAUUUCUCCAUCUCAUUUAAGCUCCCUGGUCCAGUUGAUCCAAAGCAAUUUUCUGGAAAUUUCGGCACCGAUGGGAUUCUUGAGGGAAUUGUGAUGAAAGGGAGGGAUAUGAGAUGAAAAGUUAACCAUUGUUUUAAAACCUUGGCUCUUACUUUAUGCACAGUUACUGUACAUAUUUGGUAGACAAUGAAUUGAAUUACUGUACAUUUUGGUAGACAAUGAAUUGAAGGGGUCGGAAAUACAAAUACCAAAUUGCCAUUAUUAUAGCAAAA